AUGGGCGGGAGCGGAACAGAAAAGAAUCAAAAGUCAGCCUUCCUUUGGUCUCUGUUUGUGGCAGAUGCACAGCUGGCUUGGUUCAGAGAAGGUUGGUGUGUGAGUGGAAGCCAGAGCCUCUUAGCCUCUUUGGCGGGGUUUGGGUGUGGUGUGCUGCGGACCCCCCACCCCCACCCCCGCCCCGCCACCCCAUCCCAAUCCCGACAGCGUCCAGCCCCCGCCGGCCUCCUUCCAGCUGCGCGGGGUGGAGAGGAGGGUGCCAGGAGGGCGCGAGGGCGGGGGGCGCCAAGCAGCGAGUCGAACCGCGGUGGCUGCGGGGCUGUCUCUUUAAGCGCUCCAGAGGGGCCCGGCGCGGAGGGCGGUGAGCGCGUUUCCAUGGCACCGAGGCUGCGGGGGCUGCUGGGCCGCGCAGCUCGCAGGUUUUCAGUCUCUCCCGGUGGAGCAGGGGCGCGCAUCUCUGCGGCCGGGGUGCCUCCAGGCUCUCCCCGUCGCUCCGCCCUCCCUCUCCCCAUAGCUGGGGAUGCCCUAGUGUGGCCAAGCUGUGCUGCGCCCUCCACCGAGAGACGCACCUCACUAGCCCCACGAGCCCCGCACACCAACUUCUGCCGGGCGAGCUCAACUUCUGCGCCAGGCUCGGACUUGGGCGGAGCCGGAGUGGCGCGCGGCGCGCAGCUAGGGUGGCGGCUGGAGCCUUUCUGCCCUGCAGCGAUGACCUGGCGACUGUGGCUCUGGUGCUUCUGCUCCUGGGUGGCCGCCGGCUGGCCGCCAGGCAGCGCCCUUCAGCUCCGGCCGGGCAUGCCAAAUGUUUGCGAAGAACAGCAGCUGACUGUGGUUGGACUUCCACACCCGUGUGUCCAAGCAUUCACACACACUGUCAAGAUCUGGAAACAGGGCUGUACCAGCCCUAGAUGGUGUGUGGGUUAUGAAAGAAGGACCCGGUACUACACCGUCUACAGACAGGCAUACAGCGUGGAGCAGCAGACCGUCUACAGGUGCUGCCCUGGUUGGAGCCAGUGGGACGGUGAGCCUGGCUGCCCGCGCUCUGUCUCUGCAGCGGGGACUUAUUUCCAUGGGAGGAGAUGCUCGGAGGGCGAAGCCCAGCAGUGCCAGUGUUCCGAGGGUUUUCAGGGACCCCGCUGUCAAUAUGAUAUAAAUGAAUGUACCACUGACAAUGGAGGCUGUCAGGACCAAUGCUGUAAUACAAUUGGCAGCUAUUACUGCAAGUGUCAAGCUGGCCAGAAGCUGGAGAAAGAUGGCAGAGGAUGUGAAGAUGUCGAUGAAUGUGCGGUGGUGAAUGGAGGCUGCCAGCAGCGCUGUAUUAACACUCUGGGCACCUUCCACUGUGAAUGUGAUACAGGAUACAGACUCCAUGCUGACGAACGCACCUGCAUAAAGAUGGACCCCUGCACAGGAGGGAAUGGAUGCGCCCACAUCUGUCAGAAUGAGAAUGGCGUGGCCAGGUGUGCCUGUCACCCAGGGUUCCAGCUGUCUGAAGACAAAAAGGCCUGUGUAGACAUAAAUGAGUGUGCUGAAGGGCUUGCUCCCUGCAGCCAUCACUGUGUGAACACAGUGGGAUCUUUCACUUGUGGCUGCCACCCUGGCUUUGAGCUGGGAGCUGAUGGAAAACAGUGUUACAGGAUUGAAUUGGAAAUUGUCAAUAGCUGUGAAAAGAACAACGGAGGUUGUUCUCAUCACUGUGAACAUGCAGUUGGUGGGCCCCGUUGCUCCUGUAACCAUGGACACCGGCUUGAUUCAGAUGAGAAAACAUGCAUAGACCUUGAUGAAUGUGAGAGUGGAGAGGCCUGCUGUGCCCAGCUCUGCAUCAACUAUUUAGGAGGCUAUGAAUGCAGUUGUCGGGAAGGCUUUCGGAUCAGUUCUGAUGGUUGUACAUGUGAUGAUGUGGAUGAGUGUCUGGAGGUCAAUAUUGUCUGUGACCAACUAUGUAUUAACUCUGUGGGAACCUAUGAGUGUACUUGUGAGGAAGGCUACAGAAUUGGAAGCGAUGGAAAAACUUGCAUCCCUUUAGACGAUGAUGAGCUAGAGGAAGAAGAAGAAUUAGACAUUGUGAGGUUUCCAGGUCUUCUAUUCAAGAGCGCACCUCAACUGCUUCAUUAUGGGGCUACCUCUUUGCCUCUCACCCAGGAAGAGGAAGAUGAUGAAGAGGAAGAGGGAGAGGAUAUUCGAGGAGAAUCGACUGCUUUGCACAGAGUUGCUUGUUCCCCAGAGACCAGUGGGACAGAGUGUAACAGCAUCUGUGACUGUCAGAAUGGAGGCACCUGUGAUCCUCUGACUGGGCAGUGCCAGUGCCCCCUGGGGGUUCAUGGAAAAACCUGUGGAAACGGAUGCCCAAAAGGAUUCUUUGGGAACAACUGCAAAAGGAAAUGUAACUGUGCCAACAAUGGCCACUGCCACAGGGUGUAUGGUGCCUGCAUGUGUGAGCCAGGACGCUAUGGGAGGUUUUGUCAUCUGAACUGUCCCAAGGGGUCCUACGGAGCUGGCUGCUCUUCAGAAUGUCAGUGUGUGGAGGAGAACACCCUGGAAUGCAAUGCCAAAAAUGGCAGUUGCACCUGCAAAUCUGGUUACCAAGGCAACAGAUGCCAGAAAGCCUGCCCUGAUGGCCUCUGGGGACCAGAGUGCCAGUUCUCCUGUGGACCCUGCAAGAACGGAGGACGGUGCAACAAAAAAACUGGAAACUGUGAUUGUCUUCCUGGUUACAUGGGAAAAGCCUGUACCAAAGUUUGUCCACCAGGCACAUAUGGGAAGGACUGUAAACAGGUCUGUCAGUGUUCAGCUGAGAAUGAAGAGUGUCACCCAGUCACAGGGAGAUGUACCUGUCUGCCUGGCUACCAUGGAAACCGCUGUCAUCUCCGAUGCCCAAAAGGCACUUAUGGCCCUUAUUGCCAAAAGAAGUGUAAGUGCCUGAACAGUGGCAGCUGUGACACCAUGAUUGGCACCUGUGACUGCCCUCCUGGCUUCAUCGGGGCAGACUGCAGUCAACCUUGUCCUAAAGAUCAUUAUGGGCAGGAUUGUGUCCAACGGUGUUCCUGUGGCUCAGGACAAUGUGACCCUGUGACUGGAGGGUGCCAGUGUCCCCCUGGCCAAAUGGGAGCCAGGUGUCAGCAAGGAUGUCCCCAGACAAGGUAUGGGCCAAAUUGUGAGCUAAAAUGUACCUGUAAAAAUGGUGGUCUUUGCGAUCCUGUGGAUGGGAGCUGUACCUGUACCCUUGGAUGGACAGGAAAUGAUUGUGAAAAAGAAUGUUUUCCUGGUUAUUAUGGUCCAGGCUGCCAUUUUAAUUGCACGUGUCAGAACAAUGGAGUUUGCAAUAGGUUUUCUGGAAGCUGCGAGUGCCUCCCAGGUUACUAUGGAAGAGACUGUGAACAUGCAUGCCUUCCUGGAUUUUAUGGUUUGAAUUGUGCUCAUAUCUGUGAUUGCAAAAAUGGAGCGAAUUGUGAUGCAGAGAGUGGACAGUGCAUUUGCCCAGCAGGUGUCCAUGGCAGCCAAUGUGAAAAAGAGUGUUCACCUGGAAUGUUUGGAGACAAUUGCCGUCAACUUUGUGACUGUGAAAAAGCAAGCCUCUGCCACCCAGUGACUGGAAAGUGCCUGUGCCCCCCUGGGAGAACCGGAGCCAGAUGUGAUGCUGAAUGCAGGUCAGGCCAGUACGGACCUAACUGUUCCCUGAAGUGUCAGUGUGUCCACACAGCCCACUGUAACCCUCUCAAUGGGAGCUGCUCUUGCCCGGCGAGGAGAAUAGGUCCAACCUGUGAGGAAAACAGUUUGGACAAUCCUCAGUAACCAAAGACAAAUAGCUUUUCAGUGGAUGAAUAGACUUUGCUGAGGUUCACCCAUGGACCAUCAUCUUAACUUUGGCAGAGAAAUGUACUUAACUCAACCAUCUUCAGCCCAACCUCUCCUGUUGUGAGGUGAAAACAGGACGUCUCAACUUUAUGGCCUCUAAGCAUAAGUUCCAUCCUCCAGCCUACCCUUCCCAACUUCCUUUUGCUGAAGAACAUGCCCAAGAAAAAGAGAAUGUUUUUUCAAGAUCCCAAUCGUAGUAACAUUUUGGACUAAUAAAUGAAACUUUUUUUUUA